AGACUAAUAACUGUUGACAUAUAAAAUAAAUAACAAAGCUACCAUCUUUGGCCUUCCUCUUUAUACUAUAAAGCUCUAAACGCACCAAAUUACUCAAUAAAGCUCCGAAUAGUCUCCAUGGCUCAGAAGAAAAACAACCAAGAUUCAGAGUUUUUCUUGGAUCAGCCCCGUUACAAUGACGGUCAAGAUGAAGAUGAAGAUGAAGAUGACGAUGUAGAGAUGAACAACAACGGAUCAUUGGAAAGUAGAAGUGUUUGCAGUUGCGACAGUUUCAGCGAUAAUGGAGACGACUCUACCGCCACCGUUGCUGCUAUUAAUAAGUGUGUCCGUCGAGGUUGCAACUCCACCUCCAUUUCACAACAAUGGCCACAAAGUUUCAGAGAAGCAACUGAUUCAUAUGCCAUAACAACUUCACCAACAUUUGGGAUUCUACGGAUUCCAAAUAUCAUAAGAUCAAGCUUUCAGAAUGGAAUUGAGAGUCGUUUACUGGAAUCCGAUGAUAUCAAUGUGGAGGUUGAUGCAAAGACUCCAUUACUUGAUAAUAAUUUGGAAUAUAAGAUCUCUUCUUCCCAGCAACUGUCUUCUCCUCACGGUUGCACCUUCUCACAGACCAUUUUUAAUGGAAUGAACUUCAUGGCUGGGGUAGGGUUAUUGUCGACACCUUACACAGUAAAAGAAGCUGGAUGGGGAAGCUUAGGAGUUCUUCUUGUUUUUGCGUUUGUUUGCUUUUUCACAGCUAUGCUUAUGAAAUAUUGCUUUGAAAAGACAACCUCUACCCAAUUCAAUAUUAUUACCUUUCCUGAUUUGGGUGAAGCUGCUUUUGGAACCUUUGGACGCCUCUUCGUAUCCGUUCUUUUAUAUAUGGAAUUAUAUUGUUGCUGUGUUGAGUUCAUAAUCUUGGAAGAGGACAACCUUAGCAGUCUAUUUCCAAAUACAUGGUUGAAUUUUGGUGGCAUUCAUUUGGACUCGAUGCAUCUCUUUGGAAUUAUUGCUGCUCUUCUUGUUUUGCCUACUGUUUGGCUUAGGGAUCUCCGUUGGAUCUCAUAUCUCUCUGCUGGUGGGGUGCUAGCAACAACAGUGGUGAUCCUAACCAUAGCUUAUUUGGGAACAAUUGGAGGAGUAGGGUUUCAUGAAGCUGAAGCUGCUGAAUUAGUGAAUUGGAAUGGCAUUCCAUUUGCCAUUGGAGCUUAUGGAUUUUGCUUCUCUGGUCAUACUCUAUUCCCUAAUCUUUACCAUUCUAUGGCUGAUAAAACCAAGUUCACUAAGGCUCUUUUAAUAUGCUUUGUAUUUUGUGUAUUAAUAUAUGGGGGAGUUGCUAUUAUGGGAUUCCUCAUGUUUGGCCAAAGUAUACUGUCCCAAAUAACCUUGAACAUGCCACAACAUGCUCUUGCCUCCAAUGUUGCAAAAUGGACCACAGUUAUUGUUCCAUUGACUAAAUAUGCAUUGUUGAUGACUCCAUUGGCAAAAAGUAUAGAGGAGAGACUACCAAACAGACUUUCAAAUAGCUACUGGUGUUCCGUUCUCAUAAGAACUGCACUUGUUAUCUCUUCCCUUUGUGUUGCUCUCCUUCUCCCAUUUUUUGGUCUUGUGAUGGCUUUAAUUGGUUCCCUUCUCUGCAUACUCAUUGCAAUAAUAAUACCCGCGUCGUGCUUUUUGAAAAUAAUGGGGAGGGAAGCUUCCAAAAUACAGAUAAUUUCAUGCAAAGUGGUGAUCGUGUUGGGCAUCAUUGCAGCAAUCCUUGGAACAUACUCUUCGUUUUCACGAUUAGCUCAUAGAUCAGAGAUAGUGAAAAGUAUGCAAAGUCAAGUUAAAUUUUAAUUACCUCUAAUAUUAGUUAUUGAUAAUAUUUCGUUCUCAAAAGUUUCAUAGGUCGUUAAAUUUUGAGAUUUUGCUAUAUUCUUUUUUAUACUUUUGUUUUCAGAAAUGAUAUUAAUAGUUUUUGUAUAUUUUUCUUUUUUAUAAAACUUAUGCCUUCGAUCUUCA